CGCAGAGAGAGAGAGUGGACGGGCGAGGCAGAGUCCCAGUGUUUUUCUGCAGCAGAAAGAGUUUCGGGGGUUUUUGGUUCGACAUUGAGUUGAUGUGUGAGGACAGAGUCAUCAUGGUGACCACCGAGACCCACCAGAGCCAGGACCUACUGGUCCCUUCCCUGAACCAGGUCCUGCAGGACCAGCAGGACCCGCUGGACCAGCAGGAGGAGAACCAGGCCUCCCCCUCGUCCCCCCUGGCAGGAUUUGACUCUGAGGCAAUGAGUCAGGGUCCCGUCAACGCCAUCACGGUCCUCACUCUGCUGGAUAAACUUGUCAACAUGCUGGAUGCCGUGCAGGAAAACCAGAACAAGAUGGAGGUGCAUCAGGUAGAGAUGGAGGGCGUGGUGAGAGGGAUCCAGGCUGAUAUGACCAAGCUGUCCAAGAGCCACAGCCACACCUCCAACACCGUCAGCAAGCUGCUGGACAAGAGCCGCAAACUGUCCGUCACCAUGAAGGAGGUUCGUGAUAAGAUGGAGCGUCAGGGCGUCCAGGUGAAGAAGCUGGAGGCGAACCACGCCCACCUGAUCAACAGAAACAACUUUAAAGUCCUCAUCUUCCAGGAGGAGAACGAGAUCCCUACCAGUGUUUUCGUGAAGGAUCCUCCUCCGUUCCCUCGUGAUGAGAUUUUGGAGGAAGGCGAUGAAUCGGCACCGGGUGUCGUUGACGGCGACCAUUCCCAGGAGAGCGGGCUCCAGACCAUCGACCUAUCAUCUGAUGAGGAUGUCGGGCUAGAGGCGGAGCUAGAGGAAGAGGAGGUGUGGCCUCACGAUCUGGAGAACAUGGAGAAAUCCAGAGCCGAGAAACUGAAACGAUCCAGUCUGAAGAAGGUCGAUAGUCUGAAGAAGGCGUUUUCCAGGCAGAACAUCGAGAAGAAGAUGACGAAGAUAGGAACAAAGAUCGUUUCUCAGGAGCAACGAGAGAAAAUCAAACAGAAAACCUCCAGCCUGAAGGUUUCGCCUCUGUCCUUCAGCAUCAGGAAGCCUCGCAGCAGCUCCGGCUCUCAGCCCACCGAGGCCGCCGCUCAGACCGCAGAGUCGUUUGUCAUCGAGGCAGACGUGCAGCUCUCCCCGCAGGGCAGCACCGACCAGGAAGUCCCUUUCACCGAGGUCCACGCCCAGCUGGCUCCGGCCGAGCAGGAGGAGCAAGAGGAGGAGAAGCUGAAGGAGCAGCUGAAAAAGGAGGAGGACGACGAGAAAGUGAAAGAGAAAGAGGAGGGGGAGGAGAAGGGAGGCGAGGAGGCGUCCGGUGUGGAGGUGGAUCUGUCUGUGGUUUCUGAGGGAGUCAGUCAGGAGUACGCUCUGUCCUCCACCCUGCCUCAGGAGGAGAAAGGAGAGGAAGGAGGAGCAGAGGAGGGAAAAGUGGAGGAGGCAUCCUAAACAUUUGUUAAUAUUCAGUUUCAUGGAGGUUCAGCUCUGAGCUGGGAUCAGGGUUCAGGUCUGAGCUGGGAUCCAUCAGAGUUCAGGUCUGAGCUGGGAUCAGGGUUCAGGUCUGAGCUGGGAUCCAUUAGAGUUCAGGUCUGAGCUGAGACCCGUCAGGGUUCAGGUCUGAGCUGAGACCCGUCAGAGUUCAGGUCUGAGCUGGGAUCAGAGUUCAGGUCUGAGCUGUGAUCCGUCAGAGUUCAGGUCUCAGCUGGGAUCAGGGUUCAGGUCUGAGCUGGGAUCCAUCAGAGUACAGGUCUGAGCUGAGACCCGUCAGGGUUCAGGUCUGAACCUGGGAUCAGGGUUCAGGUCUGAACCUCCUCACAAACUGACUUUAGAUUUCUGAUCAUCUGAUAUUUAACGUCUUGUGACCCUGAAAACCACCUAUCUCCAAAAAACCUUUCAGGAACUAAGGACACUGAUGCUUCUGUACUCUUGGUUCUGGUUUUUAGGUUAAACUUUUUAUGAAGUGGGAGAACUUUAAAUUCUUCAGCUGAUCUGAAAGCCUAAAAGAACACUUUGGAGAUACGUGCUUUUUACUGGGCAGCUUUACUUUAGUUUUACACUUUUUAUGUUUAUUCUUUUUAUUCAAACCAUGAUAACUACUGAUCAGCUGAUCAAUAACAUUAAUGUAAUGAAACAUGUGGAACAUCAGUGGAACCCAACACACAGAACACACUGAGGGAACAUGGUGCUAAACAGAUCCCUGAAAACACAAAGCGUUCCUCUGACAUUCCUCUAAGGUUACUGAUUCCCAAAGGCUCCUGAGGUUCCUCUUUCUACUACGGUUUCCCAAACAUUCCCAUAAAGUUCCUCUAAGGUUAACCUAGUACUCUGCUAAGGUUGCCCCAAGUUGGGACCAAUUGCUGGAAGAUUCUCUAAACGUUCCUCUACAGUGCCUCUACCAUUGGCCUAAGUUCCCCUAGUUUCCUUAAAGCUUUCCUCAAAAGUUUCGCUAAGGUUGCCCUAGGAUCCCUCCAAGGUUCCUCUAACAGUGGCCUAAGUUCCCCUAGGUUCCUCAAAGGUUUCACUAAGGUUGCGCUAGGAUCCCUCCAAGGUUUUACUAACAGUGGCUUAAUUUCCCCUAGGUUCCUCAAAGGUUUCACUAAGGUUGCCCUAGGAUCCCUCCAAGGUUCCUCUAACAGUGGCUUAAGUUCCCCUAGGUUCCUCAAAGGUUUCACUAAGGUUGCCCUAGGAUCCCUCCAAGGUUCCUCUAACAGUGGCCUAAGUUCCCCUAGGUUCCUCAAAGGUUUCACUUAGGUUGCCCUAGGAUCCCUCUAAGGUUCCUGUAACAUUCCACUUGGGUUCCCCCCAACUUUUUGUUAGGUUGCUCUAAAGGUCCCCUUGCGUUCUCCUGCUGUUCCUGUCUGUUGAAAUAUCUGUUGAGUUCUGUCUUCUGCCUGAAAUGUUCUGUGAUAUAAAUAAUCUUUCGUUUCAUCAGUUCAGUUUCCUGUAGUGUGUGUGUUGAUGUGUACACUGAGUAACCAGCCUCUGAUUGAUUAACUGCUUAUUAACGACACCGAAGUAUUAAUUACUGUACCAGUGACGGACAGACCCAUCAGAUCAAACUGCUGAUCAGGACAGUCGGUUCUCCACCACUCGGUUCUCUCAGUUGUUUCAGCUGUAAAGUCGCUGGUUUUCUUUGUUUUCGAACACAAAUAGAAACGUUGUGCUGCCAAAGAUCAUUUCCUGUCUGACUCACGUCACCUGUCAGGUGAGAACCACCUGAAAUCCACCAACAAUAAAACGCAGAGAAACCUCAA